AUGGCAGACAUUCUCCCCACAGAGUUUGAUGUGGUUAUAAUAGGGACAGGUCUGCCUGAAUCCAUCCUUGCUGCUGCAUGCUCAAGAAGUGGACAGAGGGUUCUACAUAUUGAUUCAAGAAGCUACUAUGGAGGGAAUUGGGCUAGUUUCAGUUUUUCAGGAUUGCUAUCCUGGUUGCAGGAGUAUCAGCAAAACAGAGAUACUGAGGAAGAAAAUACUGCCUGGCAAGACUUGAUUCAUGAAACAGAGGAAGGCGUCACUCUUUGCAAGAAGGAUGAAACCAUUCAACACAUAGAAGUUUUUUGCUAUGCCAGUCAAGAUAAAGAGCACAAUGUUCAAGAGAUUGGUGCUCUUCAGAAAAGUCCCUCCUCAAUGGCAUCUAGUACCCUCAUUGAAUCUGUGGAUUCUGCGUGCUUGCCCAAAGAAAGGGACUCCUCAUACUUCACUAGCUAUGAAAUAUCUGCCCAACAUACCCAAAAAAGUGAUAAAGAUAUUUCCCUAGAAGUAACUGAUAUACAAGAAUCAUUAGAGAAAGAUAAAACUUGUAUACACACAAUUUCAGGUGGGAGUAAAGGUGAAAACAAACCUACAAUAGAAGAUAACAUUGAUCAGCCAAAGAGAAAUAGGAUUACUUACCCUCUAAUAGUUGAAGAAGGCAGGAGAUUUAAUAUUGAUUUGGUAUCAAAGCUGCUAUAUUCCCAAGGAUCACUGAUUGAUCUUUUAAUCAAAUCAAAUGUUAGUCGUUAUGCAGAAUUUAAAAAUGUAACUAGGAUUCUUGCGUUUCGGGAAGGAAAGGUAGAACAGGUGCCUUGCUCCAGAGCAGAUGUCUUUAAUAGCAAAGAACUCACUAUGGUUGAAAAAAGGAUGCUGAUGAAAUUUCUUACCUUUUGUUUAGACUAUGAACAACAACCUGAUGAAUACCAAGAUUUCAAGCAAUGUUCAUUUUCAGAGUACUUAAAAACUAAAAAGUUAACCCCCAGCCUCCAACACUUUAUACUACACUCAAUUGCAAUGACAUCAGAAUCAUCAUGUAGCACAUUAGAUGGCCUUAAAGCAACAAAAAACUUCCUUCAGUGUCUUGGACGGUUUGGCAACACUCCAUUUUUAUUUCCCUUGUAUGGCCAAGGAGAAAUUCCCCAGUGUUUUUGCAGGAUGUGUGCUGUUUUUGGUGGAAUCUAUUGUCUUCGCCAUAAAGUACAAUGCCUUGUAGUUGACAAAGAAUCUGGUAGAUGUAAAGCAAUUAUAGAUCACUUGGGUCAAAGAAUAAAUGCUAAAUAUUUUAUUGUGGAGGAUAGUUACCUUUCUCAGGAAACAUGCUCCAAUGUGCAGUAUAAACAGAUCUCGAGGGCAAUACUCAUUACAGAUCAGUCUGUACUAAAGACAGAGUCAGAUCAACAGAUUUCCAUUUUGAUAGUGCCUCCAGUGGAAUCAGGAACCUGUUCUGUUCGGGUCACGGAAUUAUGUUCAUCAACCAUGACAUGCAUGAAAGACACCUAUCUAGUACAUCUGACCUGUGCAUCUUCAAAAACAGCAAGAGAAGACUUAGAAUCCGUGGUGAAGAAAUUAUUCACUCCUUUUACUGAAACAAAAGUAGAAAAAGAAGAACUUGGAAAGCCAAGACUUUUGUGGGCUCUAUAUUUUAAUAUGAGAGAUUCCUCGGGAAUCAGCAGAAGCUCCUAUGAUGGUUUACCUUCAAAUGUUUAUGUCUGCUCUGGGCCUGACUGUGGACUGGGAAAUGAGCAUGCAGUCAAACAAGCAGAAACUCUGUUUCAGGAGAUCUUUCCUGGUGAAGAAUUCUGUCCUCCUCCUCCAAAUCCAGAAGACAUUAUCUUUGAUGGUGAUGAUAAGCAACCAGAAGCUCCUGGAACCAACAUAAUAAUGGCCAAUCUUGAAUCCCCUGAGGAAAGCCAAAACUUGGAAAGCCCUGGGAAGCAUCUUCAGAAUUAGAAAAGAACAAACUCAAAAUACUCUUCAUCCUGGAAUCAAUAUAUUAUUAUUUGAAGGACAGCUUCCUACAUAAAAGAAUGG